UCUCACAUGUCGUAAGUGUAAACGGCACUACAUUUGUCCUGCGGUGAGUUUCUCCUCCCCCUGUUCCUCUGGCUCUCUCUCCCUCCCAGCGCUCAGUUCAUUGACCUUCUGUUUUCUGAACGAUCCUCAAACGUGAAAGAGCUCAACGCUGACAAGCGAAUAUGUCUUGGGUCUUCUGGAACUUUCUGUGCUUGUUUCUAAUACACUGUGUUUGCUCAGAAGUCUUCCUCCACACUCGAGAUGCCAGUCAGAUCCUGAGCCGCCGCCGCCGCGCAAACCAGGUGUUCGAGGAGUGGAAGCAGGGAAACAUGGAGCGCGAGUGCAUUGAGGAGCGCUGCAGUUACGAGGAGGCCAGAGAAAUCUUCGAGGAUGUUACAAAGACGGAUGAGUUCUGGCACGUGUAUAUCGAUGGAGACGCGUGUUUGUCACAGCCGUGUCUCAAUGGUGGCAAGUGUAAAGAUGCGAUCGGGCCGUACACGUGUUUCUGUCAACAAGGGUUUAGGGGCUACAACUGUGAGAUUGCUAUUCCUCAGCUCUGUGAGAGUGAAAAUGGGGGCUGUGAUCAUUUCUGCAGAGUGAAGGAGAAAGACGUCGUCUGUUCGUGUGCCAAAGGCUACGAGCUGGCCGAUGAUGGGAAGUCAUGUCACUCUAAUGAACCUUUCAAAUGUGGCGUCAUUCAUCCUCCGAAGACCAGAAGAAUCUUCAUACACAUGCCAAACAUCACCAACAGUGAGACUGAAGAGGAGACUCACAUUGAGACCACCGUCGAGUCUUUCAUAGACGCCACAAACUCAUCGGCCAAUGAGACGAGCAGCAUGUUCGGCCUCCACGAGCAGGACAUCGCUAAAAAAGAGCAAGAGGAACCGAUUUUACCUGAAACAUCUGGAGGAAUCACAAGAAUCGUCAAUGGUGUGGAAUGUCCUCCUGGAGAUUGUCCAUGGCAGGCUCUUCUCAUUAAUGAAGACAACAUCGGCUUCUGUGGCGGCACCAUCCUGAACCAGUACUUCAUCCUGUCGGCCGCUCACUGUAUGAAUCAGUCGCUCUACACCAGGGUGGUCUUAGGUGAGUUUGACACGCUGGUCAACGAGGGUCGUGAGGCCACCCACGACGUAGAUGAGAUUCUGAUUCACAAGAAGUAUAUGGCGGACACCUACAACAACGAUAUCGCCCUCAUUAAGCUCAGCAAGCCCAUCACAUUCACCAGAUUCAUCCUCCCCGCCUGCCUGCCGGAGAACGACUUCGCCGAGCGUGUGCUGAUGCGUCAGGAGGAAGGUAUGGUGAGCGGCUUCGGCCGUGUGCGCGAAGGCGGCCUUCAGUCCACCAUCCUCCAGAAGCUAACGGUGCCGUACAUCGACCGUGGCAAGUGCAUAGAGUCCAGCAAUUUCCAAAUCUCCAAUCACAUGUUCUGUGCCGGAUAUGACCAGGAGGAAAAAGAUGCGUGUCAGGGCGACAGCGGCGGGCCGCAUGUGACGCGCUACAAAAACACGUGGUUUGUCACGGGCGUGGUGAGCUGGGGCGAGGGAUGCGCCCGGAAGGGCAAGUACGGCGUCUACACGCAGGUCUCCAAGUACAUCCGGUGGAUCCAGAACGCCAUGGCCAAAGUCAUGCCAGAGAUGAGAAAUUCUAUAAAAGCCAAAGCAAAGCGAGAGCUGCUUCAGAAGACGCCUGUACGAAGAGUCUGACAGGAAGUCAACGUGACUCAACAACGACACGCUCUUAAUUCAUGUUGAUGAUUUAUCAGUGAUGUUACCCCAGCAAUCAAAAAUAUAUUCUAAGAACCCAUAAAGUUAUAAGAACGUUAUUUCUGAAUGAUCCCUGAACGUCCAGUUUUUUGGCUAUGCAAAUGUUAAGGGAACAUUCCAUUUUACAAUUCUGGAAACAUUCUGGGAACGUUACUUUUGAAUGUUCCAUGAAUGUUCUGAAACAACUAGUAACAUUUAGAAAGUGUUCCAUGAACAAUAAAUAAUGUUUUUGUGUUAACGUUUUGAGAACAUUAUUAAAGACCAGAUAAGACCAGACAAAAGUUUGUUCAUGACUUUGAGAAAACCUUGCCAGAACGUUCUGAGAUUGUUCCCCGUUAGCUGGGACUCUACAGAAAAAUAAUUUUUGUCUUCAUAAUCUUUCAUAUGAAUGUAACUUUGUCCACUUAUGAACCUAUUCAAUCAAAUCGUCAUUGAUGAAAUAAUUUGUUAAAAAUAACUAAAUUUUUUUUAGUUAUUUCUGUGUAAAUCUUGUUUAGCUCUGAAAUAAGUCACAUUAUGGAGGUAAAAUGAUUUGUCAAUGCCGUUUCAUGUCGACUCUCAUCCCAGUGAGGUUUAGUUUUAAUAAACACAAUUGAUUUUAUAUUUCUGUCAUAUUCUUAUCAUAUAAAGUCAAAUGUGUUCCUUGACAAGAAAUAAAGUUGGCAGUCAUACACUGUAAAAAAAAAA